CUGUUUUCUGUGUUACACGUUCCCCUUCCAUGCUUUCGAGAUUAUCAAGAUUUCAUCACAUUCCUCCGUCUCUCUCUCGUUUGUCCGCUGGUUCUGGAGUAUUACAGAUCCGAACAAGCAUGGUAAGCGAUAAUGAGGUACUGCAGCGCAUGGGCAAGCGAGCGGAUCAGGCCGAGGAGCUAGUCGAACUUCUAAAAGGGCAUCUGCAGUGUCUGCAAAAGGCAGCCGAAAAGGCACAAUCUCCAAGCUCACAGGCACAGGUAGAGUCUCUGAAAAAAGAGAAUGAAAAACUUAAAGCAGAGGCUACCAAACUAAAGAAAGAACUGGAGUACUGGGAAAUCAGAAAUGGAGUUCAGCAAGUUGCCUUGCCAUCCAGUGGAAAAGGUGCAACACCCCAACAGGCCGCACCUGUCGCAGCCUUGCCCACUAUUCCGCCCCCUACUGCUGCCCCCGAACCAGCCAAAAACCAGCCAGCACAGGACAAGAAGAAGGAAAAGAAAUCUGAGAAAAAACCAAAGACCGAGAAGCCAAAAAAAGACGAAAAAAAUUCAGGAGCUGCUGACAUAAGUGUCUCUCGUCUAAACUUUAUGGUGGGGAAAAUCCAGUCAAUAAAAAAACAUCCUGAUGCAGAUUCGCUGUUUGUUGAAGAAAUUGAUGUAGGGGAGGCAGCACCAAGAACUAUUUGUAGUGGUCUGAAUGGCCAUAUUGAGAUGUCAUCUCUGCAGGAUGCAAUGGUUGUGAUCUUGGCCAAUUUGAAACCAGUUAAGAUGCGUGGGAUAUUCUCCCAAGGAAUGGUGAUGUGCUGUAAUCGCGAUGAGAAGUGGACAGUGGUCGUGCCCCCGGAGGGUGCUGCACCCGGUGACAGGGUUGUGUUUGACGGACAAGAGGGUGAACCAGAUGCACAGCUUAACCCUAAGAAGAAGGUCUGGGAGACCCUUGCUCCAGACUUUAAGACCAAUUCUGAGGGACAGCCUUGCUUCCGUGACCUUCCAUUUACCGUCCGUGGCAAGGGGGUGUGUGCUUCUGGCGGUAUUAUUGAUGGUGUUGUCCGAUAAUUAAGUAGUACCGGUAGCCAUGAUGAUAAGGAAUAAAUGAAUUUGAAGUUGA